CGAAUUCGAAUUUGACACUGACAAAGCUGAGUUGACGCAAGCUGAACUUAUUAUUAACAAUCCCCAUGCCCGGCCAAACGUCAGCAAUCGAAUUCUGAGCGACUUUAUAAGACUCUCGAGUUUGGCACGUUAAGUCACGUAGUUCGUAGUGCACAGUUUGUUUGGAAGCUUCGAUGCGAGCAAACGCGAUAUUAAUUACUGAAAAGAAAACACAAAAAAGAACGAAAUAAAAAUAAGUUCAAACAGAAACAGAAAUAAAGAAAGAGUUAUAAAAUGCAGUUAGCUUGGCUAAAGCUCUUGCUGUUCAGCUGCCUCUGGCCUGGCUUUCGUCCACAACCCUUGGGCUACAAUGAGCUGGAGCUGCUGUUUGAAGAGCAGCAGUUGCAAGGGGAGGAUGACUUGGAUAUGACGCAGGUGAAUUGGAGAGCGCUGAUACCGUUGCUCCUGCAGCGUCAGCAGUUACGUCUUUGCGUCGCUGUUUACCGUUACGAGCCGCAGCUGGUCAUUGGAACACCUUGCGAAAAGCUGCUGGCCAGUGGACUGAUGGCAUACUGUGACAUCGGCCAUAUCGAGGAUCUAAGCAUAACAAUGCGCGAUGCCUUUGGCGGCAUGCUAUUCGAUACGCUGCAAAAGUGUCGUCCCGGCUUGGAAAUCUUUGGAGUGCGUUGCAGACGACGUGCCUGACUUAG